AUGAAACAAUCAAUCAUAAUUGUUGCUUUGGCUCUUUUGGCAAUUGGUGUUAUUGCUAGAAACCAUACCUUUGAAAGAGAAGUUUCUCAUGGCAGACACAACGCCACUGAGUAAGAACUUUUGAAUAUCUUUUCCUCUUAUGGAUAUGUUGCUAAUCCUUCCAGUGAGAGAUUUAAAAUCUUUAAACAAAGAUUAAUUGAUAUCAUCAAGCAUAACCUCAAUCCUCAUAAGACUUACACUUAAAAAAUCAACAAAUUCUCAUUCUACACUCAGGAAGAGUUAUCUGUGUUAAACGCUGCUUAGAAUUGCUCAGCCACUGCCAAAGAAAACAUGGCCCCUAAAAAGAAAUACAAUCUUAAGGACAUUCCUGAAUUUGUUGAUUGGAGAACUAAGGGUAUUGUUACUCCUGUUAAGAAUCAAGGCUAAUGUGGUUCUUGUUGGACUUUCUCUACUACUGGUGCUCUUGAAUCCCACUGGGCUUUACACACCGGUAAUGCUCCUUUAUUACUCUCUGAAUAAUAAUUGAUUGACUGUGCAGGAGACUUCAAUAACUUUGGAUGCAGUGGUGGUUUACCAUCUCAAGCUUUUGAAUAUAUUUCCUAUGCUGGUGGACUUGACACUGAAGGUGAUUAUCCUUAUGAAGCUACAGAUAAUGAAUGCGAAUUCAAACGUAGUCAUGCUGCUGCUAAAGUUGUAAGAUCCUUUAAUAUUACUUUCUAAGAUGAAGAUGAAUUGAUUUAUCACUUAGCUACUGCUGGCCCAAUUUCUAUUGCUUAUCAAGUUACUGAUGACUUCUUUAAAUACGAUGGUGGUAUUUACUCAAACCCUUACUGCUCUACUUCUCCUGAUAUGGUUAAUCAUGCUGUCUUAGCUGUUGGUUACAACUUGACUGGACGUUAUUAUAUAGUUAAGAACAGUUGGGGUGAGCAUUGGGGUAAUGAAGGUUACUUCAAUAUCGAAUUAGGUUCAAACAUGUGUGGUUUAGCUGAUUGUGCCAGUUACCCUAUUGUUUAAGGACAUCACUAAUAUUGA